GACGCUGCCUGAGUGGAAGAGCAGCAAUGAAAACAGCCUUUUAUCCUUCUGUUUCUAGAAAACAUAAAGAACAAGAAAUCUGCAUUCAAACUGGGCUAGAAAAGAAUGUUUGGACAACAUGAGGUUGGGAAAACAGUGGACACUUCAAAAUCGCGCCCUAUGGCCUUUGAGACUACAGCGAUCAUAUUCUUCAUCCUCCUUCUCCUUUGCGUCACUUGUAUUCUCCUUUUAUUGGCAGUCUUUUUAUAUAAAUGCUUCAGACUUAAGAUGAAUGAGGAGCCGGUAAAGCCCCCUUGCACAGAUGAAAACGAAGGGGAAUAUUGUUUAGCUGCUAACGCAGAGAUGAACAAACCCGAAGACCAAGACAAGGUCCUAAUGCACUAUGGGAACAACAUGCCGGUGAGGCCUGGCAUCCUCGUACAGAGACAGAGUAAGGACGUGGUGACCACACUCUUACGAGGCGACACCAGGGCAGAAGAGAACAAAGAUAAAUGGACAACAGAGCCUGAACAUGCUAGACCAACCGCCCAUGAGGGUGAGCUUGACGAGAAAACACCCCCCCAUUUCCACAGAACUACUUCUGCUGCUGACCAGAAAAGACCUUUAAAAGGAGUGACGUUUUCUAAGGAGGUAAUUGUUGUGGACCUUGGAAAUGAAUACGCCACGCCUCGAACCUACGCUCGGGAACACAAAGAGAGGAAAUGAAGGGCAGCGAGAGAAACAGAACGUUUGACCAGCGAUCACUGACUGAGGGCACUGGGUCAUGUCAAGGCAGCAGAAGGAUGGGGAAUGAGCAAACGCACGAUGGUGUUUUACCUUUGUGUGGA